AUGACUGGCCAUAUCUGUAUGUCAGACCUAGACCCAGACUUAGACCCAGACCUAGACGUAGACCUAGACCCAGACCUGGACCUAGACCCAGACCCAGACCUGGACCUAGACCCAGACCUGGACCUAGACCCAGACCUGGACCUAGACCCAGACCUGGACCUAGACCCAGACCUGGACCUAGACCCAGACCUGGACCUAGAGUCAGACCUGGACCUAGACCCAGACCUGGACCUAGACCCAGACCUGGACCUAGACCCAGACCUGGACCUAGACCCAGACCUGGACCUAGACCCAGACCUGGACCUAGACCCAGACCCGGACCUAGACCCAGACCCGGACCUAGACCCAGACCCGGACCUGGACCCAGACCCGGACCUGGACCCAGACCCAGACCUGGACCCAGACCCAGACCUGGACCCAGACCCAGACCUGGACCUAGACCCGGACCUAGACCCAGACCUGGACCUAGACCCAGACCUGGACCUAGACCCAGACCUGGACCUAGACCCAGACCUGGACCUAGACCCAGACCUGGACCUAGACCCAGACCUGGACCUAGACCCAGACCUGGACCCAGACCCAGACCUGGACCCGGACCCAGACCUAGCCCUAGACCCAGACCUAUACCUACCCACCACACUUCUCUACCUUCGUCCGGAGCGGCCCCAGAGGACCCCUAUCUAUGUAACUCGCUCAGUAUUGAGCGGCCCGCGGAGGGGCUAUCGACUGAUCACGAUGGCAGUGGCGGUGAUGAUGAUGAUGGCUAUAGCAGAUUGA